AUGACUAUUCACGCCAAACACUAUGCUGGACUCAUCAUUUAUCGUAUACCCAACAGAACCAAACAUCAUCACAACAGCAACAGUAAACCAGCAGGCAUCGAAUACUUACUGCUAAAUGACUCUUUUUCUGCUAAAAAGCACUGGUUCUGUACGAAGGGCCAAAUUAUUGGUGACGAAGACGAACUCCAGUGUGCACUGCGUGAAACUCUUGAAAGUACUGGACUCAAAGCAACAGACUUGAUGGUGGAAGAUGGAUUUGCUAUUGAACUGAAAUACUUGUCAUCUAAUACUCCCAAAACUGUAAAGUACUUUUUAGCCCGCUUAUCAAACCAGCAUAAUGGAAAAGUGAUUUCAAACACGGAGGGACUUCAACUCCAAUGGUAUCCUCAGUUCCAUGCAUCGGAAAAGACCGUAUUCAAAAGCAUGCAAGAUGCCAUUCAAAUGGCGCAAGACUUUAUUCAAACUAAGCAGCAGCAGCAGCAGCAGCAGCAGCAGCAACGCCAAACGAGGAUGAACCAUGAACCAAGCUUAGACACUCUUUCCAACGUAAAGGACACGAGCGUAGACUCUCGACUUAUUCAUGAAUGUACAAAAGACUUUAAACCAAGAGCGCGUAGCCAUAGUCAUCAUCAUUUAGGCUAUAGUGUUUCCAACCAUGAUCAUGGCCAUUCUCCACCGUGGGCGACCGUCAGCAGCUUGUAUAAGACGAGAUUAUGUGAAAAAUUUGACAAAGAAGGAAGCUGCCCUUACAACAUAAAAUGUCACUUUGCCCAUGGGGUCGGUGAGUUAAGAGGAAGAAUACUACCUAGCAACGCAAUGACAGAUGGUCAAACAAAAGAUCCAUCUCUCCAACCAAAGGGUGAGUUACUUUAUCCUCUCGAUCAAGGUAUACCCACGAUCACAGAAGAGAUGGCUUGCGACAACAAGAACAAUGGUCAUUCUUUAUACAAAACAAAAUUAUGUGAAAAGUUUUUAAGAGACAAUUUUUGUCAAUACGGUCCAAAGUGUCAUUUCGCUCAUGGACAUAAAGAAUUGAGAAUAACCAACGCUAGGUUGAAAGACAGAAAGAAAAUAGCAGAUAUGAACGGCAAUAAUAGCCUGCGUACAAAAGCGAAUGCGAAUCCAAUUCAAUAUAAGCAACAAGAAAAGCAGCAGCAGCAGCAGCAGCAGCAACAACAACAACAACAACAACAACAACAGUUAUAUUCAAGCCUUUAUGAGGAUGCCAUCCAUGCAGACACCGAAUACACAAUGGGUGACUUGACAUGUGACGAUAAGAAAAAAGCUAAAAAAUUAAGGUCAUUGAGUUUCUCAGCAGUGGGCACACCGCUUUUAUCCGCAAGCGUAUCAGCAUUCGCAUGUCCAUUGAAGAGUGCCAAAUCAAACCGGACAAAAAAAGGGGCAUCCGAUAGGAUAAGGACAGCAGAGAAAAUCAAAAUGGAAGACAACAUCGAUGAUACCCCUCAGCCGCCCGUACAAAAGCUUCGUAGACCAGAUUUAAAAAAUCACCAGCAAGCGGAUGUUCGUCGUAUGAGCAGCAAUAAAAACAGUAGUAGUAGGCAUAGCUCACACAAAGGCAAAGUAGUUCACACUUGCCUAGACGACGACAAAGACAUGAAUCCUCCUCCUCCAUGGAUGGAAAUUGCCAAAGCCCCGGAAGACGACGCAGCACAUCAAACACACUUUGCAGAUAACCUCAGCGGCAUGGUGGCUGCUGUACCAAAAACGGCUGUGAGCAAUCACCCACCCAUGAUGAACCAUCCUCAUGUAGAGCAAAUUAUCUGUGGAUUAAAAAAAAAAUGCCUCAAAACAGAUCAGCAAGACAAUGUCAAAGCAAACCGCUGUAAUAACAACAGCAGCGAUAUUCAUAAAAUAGUACCUCACGAUGUAAAAGAAUUCAUAAAGAUUGAGAUGCGCAAUGAAUUAUUGAAGAAAGAGUUACUCUUUAUUAUACUAACAGUUCUAUUAGAAGGCGAAAUGGACCAGCUUUCAAAUAUACUAGUCAACCUGAAAGUAAAGGAGCAUCUUUUGAAAGCUUUUGUAAAAUCUACCACAGAUCAGCUGUCCCUUUUGAACGCUUGGCAAGCUUAUGUCAAUGAUCGAAAUCGCUCAUUAGUCAAUAAGACGCUUUUGGUUCUUAUUUAUUGGUACGAUUCAGAGUUGAUUGAAGAAAAAGUAUUUCUGAAUUGGUAUGAUACGCUUGACAAUCGCUCCGUAUUGAAGAAGAAGAGCUGCAAAUUUAUUGAAUGGCUGCAUGAAAGUACUUUUGAAGAGGACGAGUAG